AUGUCCAUUUCCAUCAAUUCAACAAUACGACAAAUUUUUCUUAAUUUAACUAGUACAACAAUUCGUACAACAAUUCAAUCAAAUAUAAAUUAUACUAUUAAUAAUAUUUCAUCAUUUAAUAUUCAACAAAAUAUUGAAUUAAGUCAUUUAGCAUUAGGUAUUUUUUUAACUUUUUUUUGUUUUAUUACCGUUUUUGGUAAUGGUCUUGUUAUAUAUGCUGUUGUUCAAGAACGUUAUUUAAAAUCAGCUACAUAUUAUUAUAUGGCAUCAUUAGCAUGUGCCGAUUUAUUUGUCGGUUUAAUUGUUAUGCCAUUUGCUAUUGUACAAGUUAUAUAUGGUGACUAUUGGCCAUUUGGCAAGACAUGUUGUGAUCUUUGGCAUUCAAUAGAUGUAUGUGCAAGUACAGCAUCUAUACUUGAUUUAUGUGUUAUUGCAUUGGAUCGUUAUUCAGCAAUAACAAAUCCAAUAUCAUAUCAUCAAACAUUUUUUGUUAAACGAUGGCCUUAUUUACUUGUUGCUGUUUGGUUAUGUUCAGGUCUAAUUUCAUUUCCUGCUAUAGCUUAUUGGCGUCUUGUUGUACGACAAUAUGAAGUAUAUCGUUGUCUUUUUCCCGAUGAUAUAUAUUAUAUUGUAUUUUCAUCGUUAAUAUCAUUUUAUAUACCUUUAUUUGUCAUGAUUUUUGUUUAUAUAAGAAUAUAUCGUGCUGCAAUAAAACAAUUACAUGCAUUUAAAACAGGUAUUAAAUUAACAUCACCAACAAAAAAAAAGAAAAAAAAAGGUUUAAAAAAUGAUAAUACAACAAUAGAACCACCAGCAGAUAUAUGUUUACGUAUACAUCGUGGUAAAUAUCAUGGUAUACCAUCAUCAACACGUGAUUCAUUAUCAACAAUAAUUCAUACUGAUCCAAUACGUUCAUCAAAUUUAGAUGAACAUUUAAAUUUACCAACAAAUAAAUUAUCAAAUCAAAUAAAAAAAUCUAUAAGUGGUGCAUUUUUAAAUGAUUAUCAAAAUUCAUCAUUAUCACGUUUUUCAAUGCCAACAUUAUUAGCACCAUCAACAACACCAACAACAAUAUCUAAUGAUAAUCAUCAAUUAAAAAUAAAUAAUUUAAAUACUAAAAAAGUACAAUCACAAGAAACAAUAUCAACAUCAUAUGAUAUAUCACGUACACCAAAAUCAAAUAUAACAUCAAAUAUAGGUACAUCAUUUGGUAAACGUUUAACAAAAUUUUCUAAAGAACAAAAAGCAACAAUAACAUUAGCUUAUGUUAUGGGAAUAUUUGUUAUAUGUUGGUUACCAUUUUUUGUUUAUAAUCCAUUAACUGCAUUGGCAAAAUUAUUUAUAAAACGUAAAAUACAAUUAACAUCAAUAGAAAAAUUUUUAACUGGAAAUGAACUUGUUUUUCAAAUGUUUACAUGGUUAGGUUAUGUCAAUUCAAGUGUCAAUCCGAUUAUAUAUGCUUAUUCAUCACGUGAAUUUCGUCGAGCAUUUAUUAAAUAUUUAUGUCGAUGUUUUCCAAUACGUAUACGAAAUUUAUUAAUGUCUUAUCAUAAUCUACAUUUAUUACGUUAUCGUCGUACACGAGAUAAAUAUAUAUCAAAAGAAACAAUUGAAUCAUGUUCUGAUCAUAAUCAUAAUAUUAAUUAUAUUAAUUCAAAUAAACAACAAAUAAUACCAUCAUUAUCAUCAACAAUGACAAUAUCAAAUAUACAAAAUAAAAAUCAACAACAAUAUAUGAAUUUAAAAAAUAUUCAACCAAAAAUAAAUAAAACAAAAUAUUCACGUAUUUGGUUUUUAACAAAUUGUUGUAGAACAAAUACAAUACAACAAGAACAUCAUCAUCAUCAUAAACGUUCAUCAUCUGCUACAUCAUCGAAAACUUCAACACCAAAUAAUAUACUUGUUGAUUAUUGUACUUAUCACGAUGUUGCCGUUUCUCGGGUGACAUGUGUCUGA